GGUUACUUAUUAUUAUUCAAGUGUUUGAAUUGAACACAUGGUGUAACUUAACCUCUCUUUCAAUAUUUACGUUUAUAUUUUCUAAAAAAUAGAAAAAUCCUUUGCAACCUAAAAAAAUAUUUACAUUAAAAAUUAAAAAGUGAAAUUAAAUAAAAAUGGCUGGUGUUUUAUUUGAAGAUAUUUUUAACGUAAAAGACAUUGAUGCUGAAGGAAAAAAAUUCGACCGUGUUAGUCGAUUGCAUUGCGAAUCCGAGUCCUUUAAAAUGGACUUGAUACUAGACAUCAACAGUUGGCUUUACCCCAUGGAACUUGGUGAUAAAUUCCGUCUAGUCCUCGCCACGACGUUGAGAGAAGACGGAUACCCUGACGGUGGAGACUGGACAGCAAUCGAGCAAGAAGGAGGAUCAAGAGCGGACAGUUUUGAGUACGUUAUGUCCGGCAAGGUUUAUCGUAUGGAAGGUGACGAGUCGACUAACGAACCAGGAAGCCGUCUCUCAGCUUACGUUUCUUUUGGAGGACUUCUGAUGAGACUUCAAGGCGACGCGAAUAAUCUUCACGGGUUUGAAAUCGACCAGCACAUGUAUUUGUUGAUGAAAAGACUUGCCUUUUAGUUUAUUUAUCUAGGUUAUCCACUUAAGACUAUUAUCUAGAUAAUAAUGUAUGAAAAUUUUGAUAUUGUUA